CGCGAAUGUAGACAGUUCUUUGCACAUUCGCUCAAUUGCAACGAGAUGUACUGCUUUCCUCGUGCUGUGAUCUUGGCUGCGCAAUGCGGUGCACAAGCAUUCGCGCAUUUGCAAUUGAGGAAUCAAGCUAUUUCCCUCCUAACAUCACGUGAAGAUGAACUCGUGUUCAAGCUGGGUGACAACACAUAUCUUGUCAAUACCAAGUAUCCAAAAGCCAAUAUCAACUGGACGUUUAGCGAGGAGCCGAAUCAACAAUGGUUCCCUGUUACGGUUAUUUCAACCAAUGCAUCAGCCAUAACUCAGCAGCUUCUGGAAGACACGAUUUCGCAGUAUCUGGCAAUCGACGAUGUUUUCUCCAAAGACAUGCUUGGUGCCGUUGCCAUUACAUCAACUGCUUCUAAGGGAGUUCUUGGAGAGUCAGCUAUUGACUAUCUUUCAAGCUCAGGAGCCGAGCACGUCUUGCUUGACACAACAAUCUCAACAUCCUCGACCAAGGUAGCCAAGUCGCCAAGUCCACUGAAGCUGCCCCCUGGACCCUAUCUAGCAACAAGUUCCGGUAAUGCGAUCAGCUUCUCAACAAUAUACCGCCUUUACAGCGACGACCACGACAACUUUCUGUAUGGCUCGUACGAACCUAACGAUGGCACCGGUAUCUACACAGCCCUUGACCACAGAUUUCCUGGAUCUGUGUUCGCGACUAUUCCAGUUCCUUCGCGCUUGUACUCUCUUUACGACACUCGGCCCUUCGCGGGCUUCAGAGUUGGCGUGAAGGACUUGUUCGACAUGAAAGGCCUAAAAACGUCAGGCGGAUCUUUGGCAUGGCAAUCCAUCGUUGAUCCUGCCAACGCGACAGCGCCAGCACUCCAGCAGAUCAUUGAGCUGGGAGGUGUGCUUGUGGGCAAAACAAAACCUGCGCAAUUUGCUUCUGCAGCUGAUCCUUGGAGCUGGGAAGACUUCCAUUACCCGUUCAAUCCUCGCGGUGACGGAUAUCUGAGCUGCUCUGCGUCCUCUUCUGGCAGUGCUUGCGCUGUUGCAGCGUACGACUGGCUCGACUAUGCUAUUGGAACCGAUACUGGGGAAUCUAUGCGUCGCCCAGCGGCUGUUUCUGGUAUCUAUGGCCAGCGUCCAAGUCAAGGAAUAAUUUCUCUCGAGAACGUACUUCCGCUUGGAUUCGCUACUGACACAGCUGGUGUCUUUGCCCGUGACCCUCAUUCUUGGGCACGCUUUGCUAAGCACUGGUACGCGCCUUCCUUACAUCAGAGCUCUGAUAUCACUGGACUCUCUCCUCUCUCAGUCCCUGACAAUAAACACUACCCGAAGACUAUUUUGUAUCCAACCGACUACUUGCCGUUGAACAAUAGCGCUGCCCAAGAACUUCUGGAUUAUUUCAUUGGCAACAUGUCCUCCCUUUUCGGGAUGAGGGUGAAACACUUCGACUUCACGUCCACCGUCCAGAACUCCUCUGUAUCCACGCAAGCCGUCAUCAAUCUCACUGAUCUUGCUAUCCACCUUGGAACUGUCAACACCCUCCCCGCAUGGAAGGUUAUCGGCAGCCGGCUCGUUUCAACUUGGGCUGCGCGUUAUGGAGGUCGCUUCCCUCCUAUCGAGGCAGAAUUCCGCGCUGGCUGGGCUACUUAUGAUGAAACGAUUAAUACAAUGCAAGCUUACAACGCGUCCCUCAUCGCUAAGAGAGAUGCAGUUGAUUGGUACGAGAAGAACCUGCAGUACUCUACCAACGAGUCCUGCUCUGAAAGCGUUAUGAUCUACGAUAUUGGAACCGGGGGUCUUCCCUCGUACCGCGAAGAGGAUCUCAACGCCGGACCAAACGCGACGCUUUUGGCGGUUCCGUCUCCUAGGGCUGUUCUACCGGCAUCGGGUAUCUGUACUAUUUUUGCAUGUGCGGAUUUCACUGUGCCGAUCGGACAGGUGCCGUACCUGUCGCAGGUCACGUUUGUGGAGGAGAUGGUUCCUGUUACGGUGAAUUUGGUAGUGAAGAGGGAGUGCGAUUUUGUGCUAUAUAAUAUGAUUGAGGAGUUGGCGGAUGUGGGGGUGUUGAAGGCUGUUAAGACGGGGAGGACGGCGUUUUAGAAGUCCUAGUAAUCGCGUUAGCAG